AUGGAUUCUACGAAUCCACAUACUCAACCCUCCAAUUUUGUUGAUCUGUUGAACAGACAACAAGACACUCCCUUUCCUUAUGCGAGUUUUCCACUCGAUGGGGAUAUCGGAUCAUCACAACUCCCUCUGUUCAGUACUCAAGCAACUGCAACAUCUAGCUUCUAUGAAGACUCUCCUACACAGCGUAAAGGAAGAAAGAAAUGGAGUCCCUCGGAUGAUCUAGUGCUGAUUAGCGCAUGGUUAAACACCAGCAAGGACCCUGUUGUGGGCAAUGAGCAGAAAGCAGGAGCUUUCUGGAAACGUAUUGCAGAUUACUAUGGAGCUAGUCCAAAGGUGGGUGGAGAUCAAAUUCAACCUUCACCAUGCGUGGGAGGAGCUGAGGACGACCAGAAAUGGUGUGAAGCUGCUACUAGGAAGAUUGAUGGAACCGGUAAGAAGAGAAAGUGUGAUGAUGGAGCACAAUCAGAAAGCUCUCAAGCUCCGGCUGAUCUCGGUGAAGAAUCUCCACGUCCUCCUGGAGUUAAGGCAGCUAAAGGAGCAGCUGGAAAGAGAAGUAUAGCUGAUAAGGAGGCAGGGAAAGGUGCAGCUCACUUUCAGACCAUGUGGAGCAUUAAGGAGAAAGAUCUGGCCAUCAAAAAAGAGCUUAAGAAGAUGGGAUUGCUUGACAGUCUCAUCUCCAAAAAAGAGCCACUUUCUGAAUUUGAAGAUGCUCUAAAGAAGAAGUUACUUACGGAGAUGUUGAAUCUUUAG